ACGCUGGUGUUUUUUUCCUCUUUUAUUUUUUUUAAUGCGGCUCUGUGAAAAGCCGCUUUUAGCAACAGCUAACGUCCGCGAGAGAGGUCGAAAAUGAUGAAUAUAAUAACACGGCGGACCUAAAAUGUAACUGUAUCGAGUCCAGUCAUUCCGAGCAUUUUAUUUUGAUGACCGAGAAUCAGGGUAACGUUAUUUAAGAAAAUGAAUAGUCUCGUUGGCUAAGCUAACAGUAAGAGCAAAGGCUAACGCUAAUAUUAACAUUAACGUUAACAAUAUGAAUUAAAGCAAGUGCUAACGCUAAUAAUAACAAUAACACUGGCAUAUCUUAAGGUUAACAUUAAGGGUUAAGGCUGAUAUAACUAUGAAGGGUUAAUGCUAACGCUAACUGGCGUGUUUAGCUUCCCUUGCUAACGCGUUUCAUAGAAACCCAGCAACAACGAAUCGGGCUGUGAACUCCAACUUGUGCUCUGACAGCAGCUUGCUGGACACAUAUCUACAGAAAAGACACGAAUGAUGCUGUAAGAGGGGAGCUCGUCCUGAUGGCUGUCUCUGAAGAACAGGAAGGGGGGAGAGAGGCUGAUUCUCAGCAGCUUUAACCCCGCUGGUCUAUGAGCCUGCGCUGGGAGCAGCUCCCUUCGCCUCUGCCUGCCCUGCUCAGUGCACUGACCUGCAGGCCCGGAGGCACAGUGUGGAGCACAGGACGGCGGGAGACACUCUGUAGGUGCUGUGGUGCGGCGAAGACGAGGCAGACAGUGCCUCCUCGUGCAGGGACGACAUGUCGGAGAACGAGGACGCGGAUCACCCGCGCUUCUUCGUGGGUGCUGAUGACGGAGAGGGAGAGGAGCUACUGGACCCAGGGAGAGUGCUGGGCUAUGACUGCCUCUAUGAGAACGUGGAAGAGGAAGAUGAGGACGCAGACGAGGAAGAGUAUGACUCGCCUCCAGAGAGACAGAUAGUGGUGGGUAUCUGUGCCAUGGCCAAGAAGUCCAAGUCCAAGCCUAUGAAGGAAAUCCUGGAGCGCUUGUGUCUGUUUAAGUACAUCACUGUGGUGACUUUCGAGGAAGAAGUCAUCCUUAACGAGCCUGUGGAGAACUGGCCACUGUGUGACUGUCUAAUUUCCUUCCACUCCAAAGGAUUUCCAUUGGAUAAAGCUGUGGCAUAUGAGAAGCUUAGGAAUCCAUUUGUGAUCAAUGAUCUGGAUCUACAGUACUGCAUUCAGGACAGGAGAGAGGUGUAUCGGAUCUUAAAAGCUGAGGGGAUCCAGCUUCCACGCUAUGCUGUUCUAAACAGAGACCCAGCAAGACCAGAGGAAUGUAACUUGGUUGAAGGAGAGGACCAUGUGGAGGUGAACGGAGAAAUUUUCCAGAAGCCUUUUGUGGAGAAGCCAGUGAGUGCCGAGGACCACAACGUCUAUAUCUACUACCCCACCUCUGCAGGAGGAGGCAGCCAGAGACUCUUCCGCAAGAUUGGCAGCAGAAGUAGUGUUUAUUCUCCUGAGAGUAGUGUCCGGAAAACAGGCUCGUACAUAUAUGAGGAGUUUAUGCCUACAGAUGGGACAGACGUGAAGGUGUACACAGUGGGCCCAGACUAUGCCCAUGCAGAGGCCCGCAAGUCUCCUGCUUUGGAUGGAAAGGUAGAGCGAGACAGUGAAGGAAAAGAGGUUCGCUACCCUGUUAUCCUCAAUGCCAGAGAAAAGCUAAUAGCCUGGAAAGUCUGCCUGGCCUUUAAGCAAACAGUGUGUGGGUUUGACCUGCUUCGUGCCAACGGCCAGUCAUAUGUCUGUGAUGUGAACGGCUUCAGCUUUGUGAAGAACUCCAUGAAGUACUAUGAUGACUGUGCAAAAAUACUAGGGAAUAUUGUCAUGAGAGAACUUGCUCCGCAGUUCCAGAUUCCAUGGUCCAUCCCUUUGGAGGCAGAGGAUAUUCCCAUAGUUCCCACCACUUCAGGGACAAUGAUGGAGCUGCGGUGUGUGAUUGCUGUGAUUCGACAUGGAGAUCGAACCCCCAAGCAAAAAAUGAAAAUGGAGGUCCGACAUCAAAGAUUUUUCGAUCUUUUCGAAAAAUACGAAGGGUACAAAAGUGGAAAGAUAAAACUGAAAAAGCCAAAGCAACUUCAGGAAGUUUUAGACAUUGCUAGACAACUUUUGGUUGAACUUGGGCAGAAUAAUGAUACAGAAAUUGAAGAAAGCAAAGCCAAACUUGAACAACUGAAAACCGUCCUAGAGAUGUAUGGCCAUUUUUCAGGUAUUAAUCGAAAGGUGCAACUAACAUAUCUACCCCAUGGUUGCCCAAAAACGUCAAGUGAAGAGGAAGACAUGCGGAGGGAUGACCCGUCCCUAUUGCUGGUGCUGAAGUGGGGUGGGGAGCUUACUCCGGCAGGCAGGGUUCAGGCGGAGGAGCUGGGUCGAGCGUUUCGGUGCAUGUACCCAGGAGGACAAGGCGACUAUGCAGGCUUUCCUGGGUGUGGCUUGUUGCGUCUGCACAGUACGUAUCGUCACGACUUGAAGAUUUAUGCUUCUGACGAGGGCAGAGUUCAGAUGACUGCAGCUGCCUUUGCCAAGGGUCUGUUGGCGCUGGAGGGUGAGCUGACCCCCAUCUUGGUGCAGAUGGUCAAGAGUGCCAACAUGAAUGGUCUGCUGGACAGUGACAGCGACUCUCUCAACAGCUGCCAGCAGAGGGUCAAAGCUAGGCUCCAUGAGAUCCUGCAAAAAGACAGAGACUUUGCAUCUGAGGAUUACGAAAAGCUGGCUCCCACAACGAGUACAUCCCUGGUGAAGUCCAUGCAGAUGAUCAAGAACCCAGUGAAGACGUGUGAUAAGGUGUAUUCCCUCAUCCAGAACUUAACCCUACAGAUUAGGCAGAGGAUGGAGGACCCCAAAUCAGCAGACAUUCAGCUGUACCACAGUGAGACUCUGGAGUUAAUGCUGCGCCGCUGGUCCAAACUGGAGAAAGACUUUAAGAUGAAGAAUGGCCGCUACAACAUCAGUAAGAUCCCAGACAUCUACGACUGCAUCAAAUACGACGUUCAGCACAACAGCUCGCUCAAGCUCGACAACACCAUGGAGAUCUAUCGCCUCUCGAAGGCUCUGGCCGACAUAGUCAUUCCACAAGAAUAUGGUAUUUCACAAGCUGAGAAGCUAGACAUUGCCAAAGGCUACUGCACACCUCUCAUCCGCAAGAUCCGUUCUGACCUCCAGAGGACACAAGACGAUGACACUGUCAACAAGCUUCACCCAGUGUACUCUAGAGGAGUCAUGUCUCCUGAGCGUCAUGUGCGUACCAGGCUCUACUUUACCAGUGAGAGUCACGUGCACUCUCUCCUCUCAAUUCUACGCUAUGGAGCCCUCUGUGAUGAGACCAAAGAUGAGCAGUGGAAAAGGGCCAUGGACUACCUCAAAGUUGUCAGUGAGCUGAACUACAUGACUCAGAUUGUAAUCAUGCUUUAUGAGGACCCUAACAAGGACCCCUCGUCAGAGGAGCGUUUUCAUGUGGAGCUGCAUUUCAGCCCAGGAGCGAAAGGCUGUGAGGAAGACAAAAACCUGCCAUCAGGAUUUGGCUACAGACCAGCGUCCAGAGAGAACGAAGGCUCUAAGAAAAAGUCGCAGAAUGACAGUGAUGAGGAGUCCAGUGGUUUGAAGCGGGACGAGCCAGACCGAGCCCUCGUAAUGUUCCGGCCGAUGGUUUCUGACCCCAUCUACAUUCACAGGAAAUCCCCUCUUCCACGCUCCAAAAAGAUCGGCUCUGUAGAAGAAGAAAGCCCCCUGAGUGUGUCUAGCCCUGAGUCAAUUGGUACCUGGAUACAUUACACCUGUGGUGUUGGUACUGGGCGUCGAAGACGCAGAUCAGGGGACCAAAUAACUUCCUCCCCUGUCUCCCCCAAAUCACUGGCUUUCACAUCCAGUAUUUUUGGCUCAUGGCAACAGGUUCUCUCAGAGAACAACAGUCAUGCAAGACCAGGCAGGCUACACUCGGACCAGAAGCUCACCACUGGAAUGGGGUCUCAUUGUGCUGGCCUGUUUAGCACCAUGGUGCUGGGAGGCUCCUCCAGUGCACCUAACCUACAAGAUUAUGCUCGCACACACCGUAAAAAGCUGACCUCUUCUGCCUUCUUAGAUGAGGCCACGCGUGGUUCUGCUGUAAAAAGAUUUUCUAUCUCAUUUGCGCGACACCCGACCAAUGGGUUUGAGUUGUACUCCAUGGUUCCCUCCAUCUGCCCACUGGAGACCCUUCACAAUUCACUGUCCCUCAAACAAGUUGACGACUUCCUCGCCUCAAUUGCCAAAUCCCAUGACUCCCUGCUUGACAUUUCUGCAUGCUCACCAGCUGUUCAAGGAAGGAAGGUGCCUUUAAACACCUACACUCCUGCGAAGGUUUUACCCUGCCCAUUCACGCAGUCACUGUCAAAGAAGUCACCAGAGCGGGCUGUAUCAGUUGGAGGAGGUUCUCCUUCCAGAGUGUCCAGAUCAGGCCAAGCGGACCUGGUUCAACAAUGUGCCACUGGAGACAAGCCGUCACAGCAGAGGUCUCCUCAGCAGGCCCCAAAAAGCAAAGCAGCCAUACAGCCCAACACAACAGAACCCCACCAGGCUACAGCUAUUGGCACCUCAGCCUCCCAUCUGUUACCAUCCAUUGAGGGCUUGUCUGACAAAUGCCAACCACAGUCAGCCUACCAGGAAGUGCAAGAGGAUAGCACAUCAACCCAAACUCAAAGCUGUGAAGUCUCAACUCAACACAACAGUAUUUCCGAAAGUGUAACAAUGGCACAUCAGAUAUCAUCCCAUGGUAAUAAUCAUUGCCAUAUCACAUCGCAACAAGCCAACACCCAGGAUUAUCAAAGUGGAGCAAAACCAGCCCUAGAAAAGCCCACCAAGCAGACUUCUCAAGAAGAACAUCAUAAAGACAAAGUGCAGCAAUUCACUGCAACACCAGUGAUGGUAAAAGACCAAGAAUCAUCAGCCACCAUGCUAAAAGAGCAGAAAGCAGUGGCAGAUUCCACAAACUGAACAUGCCUUGAAGCUCUCUUGACACCACUGUUACAUUAAACUGGAUGUUACAGGCCUUGAUUCGUCCAAUUUUACCUGUAGUUGUCUCACUAGAUGACAUCAUAUCUAAGAUACCAAAAGAUCUUGCAGUCAUUUUUCAUUGUCACAGCCAUGGCUGAUUUAGCAUUUACUGUAUGUUCACCAGAGUAAGAGUUACUUAGGAUUUGUUACUCAUAUCUUGUAUAUUUGAAUGUUUGAAUGUACAAUCAGAUGUACACAGUCUACUUUGUCAUGAUAAGUAUGACAUUUUGCUAAAGCUAUUUUAAUUAUUCCUGAACAUUGAAUUAAUGCAGCACUUUUGGGGGCUUAAUAUCAAAGUCCAAAGUAAAAUGUAAUUAGAGUCCUAUUUUUCAUACAUAUCUUUAGUUACACUGUGUUUGCGCUUCAUUUCCUUCCCAUCAAACUGGAAAUGAGGAGAAAUCUGCCUUAGAGUUACAGUUGUGGAAGAUUUUUCAUCAUGCUUUAUUCCAUCGUAACCAAACCUUAUUGUAUAUAUAGAUAUAUAUUGGGAAUAAACCUUGGUGAAACUCCUGUCA